GGGCAUGUCUGCACCGUGAGCUCGAGCCAGCAGGAUGGAGUGAAGUGGGGUGUCCUGGCAGCUCUUCUCACCUGGAGGUGGUGGGAGAGGGACGAAGCACCCCGCAGAGCAGGAGCUUCACCAUGGCAGACACCACCUCGGCAGUCUUCGUGCUGAACUUUUCCGAGUACAUGGACUCUUUUGAAAACACCACGUCAGAAUGCCCGACGCUGAAUUAUAAAGAAAAGGUCACUUUAAGCGUCUGUGUGGGGAUUUCUUUCUGUGGACUCGUGGAUAACGCGAUAGUCAUGCGAUUCCUGUUCUUCCACGUGAAGAAGAACCCAUUCACUGUCUACACUCUAAACCUGGCCGUUGCUGACUUCUCUCUGCUCCUACUCCUUUCUCUGCUCAUGUUGUUAAUUUUGACCUUACCCAUCUGUUCUCUCUUCGAUGGCAUUCUUUUGUCCUACGUGAAGAUUUACAUUGCAGUUGGGUAUUUGUGCCACUUCUUCGACCUCAGCAGCCUGGGUUUCCUCACUGCAAUCAGCGUGGAGCGGUGUCUCUCCGUCCUCUUCCCCAUCUGGUAUCGAUGCCGUCGCCCAAAGCGCUUGGCAGGCAUUGUGAGUGGGCUGCUGUGGGCUUUCAGUGGGUCUUUGGUUUCCUUCAUGUAUCUCACCUUUAACUUCAUUGACGAACACAUGAAGACGUUUGGAGCCGUAGCCUUUGCAACCUGCUUGACUUUUUCAUCGAUGAUGCUGGUUUCCAACCUGUCCCUGUUCAUCAAAAUACAGCGUGGCUUUCGGAUACGGCACCCGGGGAAACUCUACAUCGCCGUCCUCAUCAACGUGAUCUUCUUCUUCGUCUUCGCUAUUCCUUUCAGCGUGGAGGUAUUUGUCAACCUUGCGGAUAGGCUGGAGUUGUUUCCCGAAGACACCUCUCUGCUGCUGGUGAUGCUGAACAGCAGCAUCAACCCUGUCAUUUACUUCCUGGUGGGGUGCUGCCGGCAGCGCCGCUCCCGGUGCUCCGUGACCGCUGCCCUGCGCAGAGUGUUCGAAGAGAAGGCGACCAGCUCCGCACCCGAGGACAAAGUGGAUGAGACCACGGUGUGAAACACUGCUGGUGUGGAGGCCUGGAGAUGCAGAGCCUCAUCGGUGGUCUGUGGGCUGCUGAGGAGACAUAGCUGGAGCUCCGUGGGAGGGUGCAUGGCACAGAACCGGCACGGCGCUGCCCGGCUGGGCUCUGUCCAUGUGUGUGGGCUGUAUUCCCAACGACCCUCCUUGCCCCGGUCCUGUGAAUAAACUCUGGCUCCCUGUGGUCAGCAGAUGAGUUUCCUGGUCUUUGUGAUGAUCUGCCGAGGGAGAGCGUGGCGUGUGAUCCCUGGGGGAUCGCAGGACAUCUCUGCUAUUCGAGCAAGGCAGGGCUCUUCAAAAAGGAUUGCACAAAUGGGCAAGUCAAUGGAUCUAAGUGGGGAAAAAAGGGUGGAGAAGCGGGGUAGAGAAGAAGACAUGGGGUAAUAUUACGAUUUAGGGGAUGGAGGGGAGGGAGAGAGAAGGAGAGAAAGAUGAGGCAGAAAGAGAGGGGGAAAGAGAGCACGUGAAAGGAGAAAAAACAAAAGCAGUGAACUGUCCCCAUGGUGCAGAUGAAUAAGAUUUGGUGAGACAAGAAUCUCUAACAGCUAAAACCGCAUUUUCAGCCCUCUCCAACCUUCAGAUGCAGCCUGUGAAGUGACCUGCCUGGGCUGUUUGAUAAGAGGCAGUGGGUGAAGCCCUGGUGCUGUCAUACAUCCACACGCUGCUGGUUUCUCAGUGUGGAGGGUCUCUCCUGGUCCAGAACCGGGCACAUGCAGUGGAACCCAGCAUCCCCAAAUGGCAAGGCAAAGCUGGUGGGUAGGGGAAAGAAAAGGAAAGGAGUGAUAGUGAGUGGCUGUGGGCAGAGAUGGUGAGUGUUGGGACCACCAAUACCCCUCAUCUGUCUUUUCUUCCCUGUCUCUCAUAGGAGGUGGUGGGAGAGGGAUGAAACAGCCAACCAGAGCAGCAGCUUCACCAUGGCAGAGACCACCUCAACAGACUCCUCUCUUUUCAGUGAUUCCCUGGGUGCUGUGAGGGACAGGGGGAGGGAGCAGCUCUUCUGGUGAAUUACAAGCUUUGCUGGUUGGCUUAUCUCUGUUUAGGUGGGGUGCUUAGCUCUGUGGCUUGGUGAUGCUUUUGGUGGCUGUGUGGCUCCUGGUCUUCCAUGCAAAGAACAGCCCCUUGGCUGUCUGUAUCCUGACUCUGGCCAUCACCGCCUUCGAUGCGAUCCUUUUUUGUUUCGCUUGCCAUUUGCAGUGUAAGAUUUUUGUUUGUUUGAACUAUCCGGAUUUGAUUUUCACUGUAGUUUGUCUCGUGCUUCUCGUCUGUCCCUUCAGCAGCAUGUAUCUCCAGAAAGCAGAAUGGAGUGAUGUCUCUCCGUGCUCUUCUAAGUCUGGUACCGAUGCCACUACCACAAUCACUUGUCAGGCAUCGUGUGGGGGCUGCUCGGGGCUUUUCCAUUUGCUUAACUUCUAUUUGCUGUAGUUUUCACCCAACCUCUGUCUGUGGUGACACACUCAACUUUGUUGCCACCACCUCAGGCUCCUACAAAGUCUUCCAGUGAUGCAGAUGCCAUGUACUGGGGAAAUGCCCAGGCAGGGGUCAGAUGGGAGCAGCAGGGCCUGGAGAUGCUGAACCCUUGUAGGCAGCCCAGGCAGAUGGAGAGUCCGCAUGCCUUCAUCCCAGAAUAAUAAAUUCUUGUUCCCUUUGCUCAAUAAACAAGUCUUUGUGGUUCUCUGGGGGGCAUCUGUAUCUGCUUAAUUGAAUUUACGUCUAAAUCAGAGAAAGUAUCUCUGGACCUUGUGUUAUUCACCUCCCAGAGAGCAAGCACAGCUAUUAAAUACUAUGCUAACACAGCUGGAAUCAGCUGUUAUAAAUGAAAAUUCACUUUUCUGACAUUU